AUGAGCUCAGACUCCAGCGCGCCCAUCCAGAAGAUUGUGGUCAAGAACCCCGUCGUCGACCUCGACGGUGAUGAGAUGACCCGCAUCAUCUGGCAGAAGAUCAAGGACCAGCUCAUCCUGCCGUACCUGGACAUCGACAUCAAGUACUACGACCUGGGCAUGGAGUACCGCGACCAGACCAACGACCAGGUCACGCUGGACGCUGCCGAGGCCAUCAAGAAGUACAAGGUCGGCAUCAAGUGCGCGACCAUCACGCCCGACGACGGCCGCGUGGCCGAGUUUGGCCUCAAGCAGAAGUGGAAGUCGCCCAACGGCACCAUCCGCAACGCGCUGAACGGCACCGUGUUCCGCGAGCCCAUCUUCAUCGACAACGUGCCGCGGCUCAUCCCUGCGUGGAAGAAGCCCAUCAUCAUUGCGCGCCACGCCUUCGGCGACCAGUACAAGUCGACUGACUUUGAGGUUGACGGCCCCGGCAAGUACGAGGUGACGUUCACGCCCAAGGGCGCCCAGGAGCCGUCGCUGCGCCGCACCGUGUACGACUACGAGGGCCCUGGUGUCGGCCUUGGCAUGUUCAACACCAAGGAGUCCAUCACCGCCUUUGCCCACGCCUGCUUCAAGAUGGCGCUCGACCGCAAGCUGCCGCUGUACCUCGGCACCAAGUCGACUGUCAUUUCGACCUACGACGCCUACUGGGACAAGAUCUUCAUUUCGCUGUACGAGUCCGAGUACAAGGCCGAGUUCGAGAAGGCUGGCAUCUGGUACGAGCACCGCCUGGUCGACGACAUGGUCGCGCAGCUCGUCAAGAUGGAGGGCGGUCUGAUCCUGGCGCUCGGCAACAUGCUCGGCGACAUCAUCUCCGACCUGGUCGCCCAGGGCUGCGGCUCGCUGGCCCUCAUGUCCUCGGUGCUUGUCGCCAAGGGUGAGGCCCCUGGGGAGUUCAUCUACGAGUCCGAGGCCGCCCACGGCACCGUGACCCGCCACUUCCGCCAGCACCAGCAGGGCAAGGCCACGUCGACCAACCCGAUCGCCUCCAUCUACGCCUGGUCGCGCGGCCUCAUCCACCGCGCCCAGCUCGACGGCACCCCCGAGCUCGAGCGCUUCGCCGAGAACCUCGAGGCAGCCUGCAUUGAGUCCGUCCGCGGCGGCAUCAUGACCAAGGACCUGGCCAUCUCCAUCCACGGCAACAGCGCCGGCCCCGAGACCUACGUGACCACCGACGCCUACCUGGCUGAGGUUGCCCGCCGUCUCGCCGAGCUCCAGGCUGGCUCCCAGUAA